CCCGCCACCGCGACCCCGUCACCAAGCCCCGCGGCGGGCGGGAUGGCGGGGCCCGAGCUGAGCGGCAGCAGGUGCGUGGGUGCCUCCAGCCCGUGCCGUGGGCCGGCCUGUCCUGCCCACGCCGGCCGUGCCACCCCGGCUGCGGCGCUGCGGGUUGAUCAUUAACUACCCGCAGACCGCGGGAGAGCGGCCGCAGGCGGACGCGGCUCCCCGGCGCCAACCGCUGCCUCCUCCGCAGAGUGUCAUACGGAGAUGGCGAGCGCCGGCGGGUCGGAGCCUGGUGCUGAGGAUGCAGCCAAGACCGCAGAGGGGGUCUACGAGGAUGUGAUGCCCUGCGACAAGAUGGAGCUGAGCCAGCGGCUGGCUGUGGAGGAGCUCAUCACCACAGAGGCCAGCUACGUCCACAACAUCCAGCUCUGCGUGUCGGACAUCCGGGCACACCUCCAGAAGAAGCAGCUGCCCGAUCUUGACCUGGAAGGCCUCUUCUCUAACACUGACGACAUCCUCCACGUCUCCAAACGGUUCCUGAAGGGUCUAGAGGCCACGGCCACCCAGGAGCACGAGCAGCUGCUCUGCAUCAGUGCUCUGUUCCAGGAAUUCAAGGAGGAGAUGGAGAGCGUCUACAAGAUCUACUGCGCCAGCUACGAGCAUGCCCUGCUGCUGGUGGAGAGCUACCGCAAAGACCCCAGGCUGCAGGAGGAGAUCUUGGAGACCCUGAAUGCAACAGUGCCUCACACAGGUGCAUCGGACCUCAGCUUCUUCCUGGUGAUGCCGGUGCAGAGAGUCACCAAAUACCCGCUGCUGCUGGGGAAGAUCCUGGAGAACACCCCGCCAAGUGCCAGCGCCUACCCGGCCCUGCAGGCAGCUGUCCGCGCCAUGGCCCAGGUCAACGCCAACAUCAACGAGUACAAACGGCGCAGAGAAGUAGCAACCAAAUACAACAAAGCCGAGCACCUGACGCUGCGGGACCGCCUUGCCCGCCUCAACACACACUCCAUCGCCAAGAAGACCACGCGGCUGAGCCGGCUCUUCAUGCACGAGGCCGGCAUCGUGGCCAAGACAGAGGACAGGGAGUACGAUGACCUGGAGGAGAAGUUCCAGUGUGUGGUGUCCAGCGUGGCCAUGCUGAAGGACAACGUGGCAUCCUACCUGGGCCAUUUAGAGGCAUUCCUGUUGUCCGCCCCACACAAGCGUGAUCUGCAGAUCGAUGAGGGACCUGCCCAGCAGUACUGCCACUUAGCAGAACACCUCCAUUGCACCGUUUUCCCAGAGUUUAAGCGCCGGCUGGAGAGGCUGGUCUGCCAGCCCCUCUGCAGCCUCUCAGACAUGCUGGUGGGGCCACAGCAGCUGGUCAAAAAGCGCCUGGACAAGCUCUUGGACUACGAGGAGAUCCAGGAGCGGAAGAGUGAGACGGGCAGCGUGACAUACGAUGAGGAGGCAGCCAUGAACACCUACCUCGCCAUUAACGCCCUGCUCAUGACCGAGCUCCCAAGGUUCAACCAGGUGGCUCUGCAGCUCCUGGGGCAGAUCCUGUGCUCCCUCAGUGCCCUGCAGCGAGACUUGGCUGCCCAGGUCCUGCACCGGGCAGAAAAGGAGCUGGAGCAGCUGCCCCAUGGCCAUGUUCCCCUGCCCAGUUUCUGGAAGAUGGUGGAAGAUACCUUGCAGCAGUCCAGCACUCAGCUCCGUACCUUCUGCCAGACGUUUGAGACGGUCACGCCGAGCCCUGUGACACAGCCUCUGAACCCUGCUGAGGAGCGGAAGGUCCUUUCCCUUGUGAGCAAGCACGGCCCAGACAAACUCUACCAAGUGACAAGCAACGUCAGUGGCAGCAAAGACUUGGACCUGACCUUGCAAAGGGGACAGAUUGUAGCUCUGCUGCAGAGCAUGGACACUAAGGGAAACACGAGCAGAUGGCUGGUGGAUGCUGGAGGUACUGUCCCCGAGGGUUUGUGCCUGCUGGCAAACUCCAGCCCUAUUGCCCGGUACAAAGCCAGCAGCCUGGGAUGCAGAUGCCAGCCCCGGAGAGCAGCACAGAGAGAAGGCGACAUUCAUAUGCGUCACCUGAAGCUCCCAGGCCCCAGGUGGCCACCUUCAGCCCAGCUUUCCAGGUGGUCUCUGGCUUCUCCUUCGCAGCCCGGAGUCCGCGGGAGGUGAGCCUGCAGGCAGGGCAGCCCGUGGUGGUGCUGGAGCCUCACGACAAGAAGGGGAGCAAAGAAUGGAGCCUGGUGGAGGUGAACGGCCAGAGGGGCUACGUGCCCUCCAGCUACCUGGUGACCGUCCCUGUGCAGGAGCCCAUGGGCUGGAGCUUGCCUGUGUGAGCACAGCCAGGAGCACCCAAGAGCACAGGCUUCAUCCGAUGAGAGCUGUCUGCAUGGCGCCUGAGGAUGCACCACGGAAGAUGCUGGAGGGGGCAGCCAUGGUGUCCCUGGGCUGGGGAGGCGGUGGGAAACAGGUGGCAGAAUAUGGCCCAGGGAACGUGCGAGGGGUGGCAGUCAGGAGGCACGUUUAGCUGGGUAGGUGUGAGGGUGCUGAGUCCCAAAUGUGGUUGCUUGAAGGAAAGGAGGAUGAGAGAGUGAGGGCAAGUGCCUGCAGUUUUCCAGGUAUUUGCUGGAAUCCAUAUCAGUGACAGAAGUGUCCCUAGGGAUCAUGAGACAGCAUUGUCCCCAGUUAGAUCAGGACCAAGCUGCAAAGGGUGCAGCGCUGCAGAGGGUGUCUUCAGCCUGGCAUGGAGUAUGUUAGGUUUGUGGCUGGACACUGUGGUCCUGAGAGUCUCUUCCAACCAAAAUGAUUCUGUGAUUCUACGAUCUGGGGCUCUUGGGAAGCAGCUCUCGGGGAAAUCACUGAUUUGGGUGCAAAGAUGGAGGCAGAGCAGCGCCAGGGACACAGCUGCCUCCUCCUCACUGGGGUGUCAUGCCUGCCUGGGUGCCCACCCUGUUGUGCUAUUGCCGUCCCUUUGGCAGCACAGCCUUCACCUCCCGCUGAAGGGCAUGGCAAUGCCAGCCGGUGCCCAGCCGCACCGGCAGCAACGGGAGGAGCGCUCCUGGCCUCAGGUUUCCCCUCAGCACCGUGGGGCUGAUGCUGCGGACCCCUUGGAGAAGCCCCUUGAGCCCUGGUGACGAGCCCUGUGCACCCACUGAUGCUAUUUCGUGUGACUCUUGCGCUCAUAUUAUAAUGUAUUAUAGGAUCUCGCUGCCCACCCACCCUCCCCGUGGGCAUCCCCCCUCCCCGCGCGGGCCCGUGACAGCGCGGCCGCCAGGGGGCAGAGCCGCCCCGCCCGCCGCCCAGCGCGCCUCGGCGGCGGCACUGGGAGCGCUGGGAGCACUGGUUUUGGGACGCUGCCGAGGGCUCUCGCUGCUGUGGUGCAGUGUGUGUGUCCUUGGCCGGCGUGGGGACAGCCCGAGGGGACAGGGCUGGUGGUGCCAAAGGCGAGCUGGGCACCGCUCCCCUCCCAGCCGGUGCUGCGCGGGACUGGGGACGGCGGACGGGACGCCCCGCCUCACACCUCCAGCGGUUUGACAAGUGCGUGAUCUCUAGAAGCACAGGCUCCGUGGAAGAGGUUUGGGAGAACCAACCUGGGUUGGUCAGUCUCUGACCUAAGGCCUGGUCUGGGGAUGGAGACAGCACUCCCUCCCACCACUGUUUGAGGUGUCACUGUUCUGUGCCUCAGUUUCCCCAUGGCUGGCUGUGAUGCUGUGCCGGACGCUGCUCUGCUUUCACUAUGCACCCCACACAUGGGUCCAGGUGCUUGGUUUGGGACAGAGCUGCCUCCUUUGUACCUGCAGGGUCCUGGGGCUUUGUCUGUGGGGAACCUGGCGGGGCUUGCUACCCCUGCCCAGAUGCCACUGAAAGCCCCAAGCAAAUGGUCAACCACGCAAAACCUGGGUUGGAACAGCAGUGCUGGAGCUGGAGACAUUGCCUGGGGAUGCUCCCAGCCUGGGAAAACCUGAUGUGUUCCUGGGAACGGGAAAGCAGCUGGCGGGGGGAUGAGGCUGCUGUGCAGGGGUUGUUUCCGAGGUUUGCCCACUCAGCCCUGGCCCCGCAGCGGCAGGUCUCACAACUCCACCUCGCUGCUAAUGGCUCCUCGGGAUUUUUCCAUUCCUAAUCAAAUCACAUCAGGUUGGAUUUCCCUCUGGGGUCGCCUUCCUGCCAGCUCAGUGGGGCGCAGAUGCAAUCAGCCCCGUGCCAGUGCAGGAGUCAGCAGCUCACACAGGUCCCGCUCCACAGCCCACGGGUGCCCAGGACCCUUUGGAGGGUGAAAGGUGCCAGCAGGACAAGGAGCACUGAAAAACUGCUGCUGCCUGUGCUCUGAUCUACCAGUUGGAAGGAGACCUGGGGCAGGAUUUGGUAUCAGCUCCCCUUUGACACAGGAGCCUGCAGCUGGCAUGGGGGUCCAGGUUGUUGCCAAGUGUCCUAGACCCCUGCUGCCUCUCCUGAGUCCCUGCUCUACCCAUAAAAUGUCCAUCUGUAAUAACAGCACUUGUCAGGGCAUGAGGAGCAAGGUGGAAACAGCCCAUGCACAGCCCACCAGGAGAUGUGCGGGAGCCACACACCGGUGCUCACCAGGAGGUGGCAGCUCAGUGGGGACACGCUGCUGGUGUCAGGUACCACAUGGUGCUGAGCCAGUCAGCACCAGAGCCCUGCCCAGCGGCACUGGAACCGGCACCCUGCCUGCCCCGAGGUCCCACGCUGUGGACAUCCUCACUAGGAAGAGGGAAAUCAGCUUCCAUGGCUCCUUCAGUCUCUGGACCUGAAGAGAUGAGCUGGGCUCUGCAGUACCCACCAGUCCUGCUGCCAACCUCGAUGGGACCUUCCCCAUGGGUCUGUCCUCAGGACAUGGCCUCGUACUUGGCUGCAGGACACAGGGCACCAACAUUGCUCACUACUCCCAUAAUCUCACCCAAACUUGUUGCACCCACUGCUGCUCUGAGCCUGGAAGUGCUUCCUCAGAGUCACUGGAGGGUACGGGGCUCUUCCAGCCUAAACACGGCGGGGAAUAAAGGGCACAAGUGUGCCUUUAAAUAGCCCAGCAAGGACAGGCUCUCCCAGGAGGAAUGCUUUGGCCAGCCUGGUGGAACAUGCUUGUGGCUGGGGACAGCAGGGGACCGCAGGCAGGGCCGACUCCUCGCCAGCAGGUCAGGUCAAGGUUAGGCGUUGCCCCGGCUGGGUGCCGCUGUGCCAUGGCUUGGGACCCCAGGAGCAGAGCCGAGCAAGGGGGAGCGAAGUGCAUGCCAGGCUGGGGCCUUGCCAUGCCCAGGGCUGAUGUGCGCGGUGGCAGCAGAGACAGGCGGGCGCUACUGCCUGCAACCUGCCUGCCGACCUGCAACGGGUUUGGCACCGGCACAGCCUGGCUGCUGGAGCAGCCUGCCAGGCAGCUCCGGUUGUCCAGGAGCUGCUGCUGCACUCCUGUCCAAGCUGAUUCAUAUCCUGGACGUGCAGGCAUUUGGAUAGCGUCCACCUGUGGGGUUUGACAGCAUGCAGCCGCUUCCCCAGGGUGCAGGGACAGCUGGAGAGCAGGAUAGUAGCAGCUCAGACUCUGCUCUUCGCCGCUUUGGGGGCUGUGCCAGCCCCUGGGACAUGGCAUUGACUGCAGGGAGGGUGGGGACCCCCAAAACACAUCUCCAGAUGGAGGCACCUGGAUGGCGGGGAGGAUGGCCGCAUGCGAAGGUGUCAGUGUCCCCGCCGGGUGUGCUGGGGCACCCAGGUGUCAUUGAGGUGCAGCUGCCAGGGGAGCCCCAAGCCUGGGCUCCCAAACUGGGGCUCAUCCCCUCCCCAUAGGUGCAGCAGGGCUGUAGUGGGCAGGGGAGGAGGGGAGCAGGGGGGACCCAGCAGGGGCAGGGCAGCUGCCCUGGGCUGAGGGGCACAGCCAGCCCUAGCAGAGCUGUGUCUGCAGGAAUGAUGCUGGAAUUCAUCACAACUGCCAGGCUGAGCUGGCUCCCAGCAGAGCCAGCCUGCGGCUGCGACGUUCCCAGGAACUUGUGUGGGAGCAGGGUAGCCCAUGAGAAUCUGCCCUGGCAGCCCAUGCUGGCCCUCCUUGCUGUGCCGCUAGCCAUCGUCAGCAUGGUGCUGCGUGGCCCGAGGGAGGGCUGAGCCCCACAGAGCGGGAGGAGCAGGAGCGGAGGUGUGAGCAGCAGCGCUCGCUCCAGGCUUGUGCAGCCGGCACCUGAAUUGUCUAAUAAAGUGUGAAAUUGCUUUCA